AUGGGGCCGCCUCCAGAUACACAGCAAGGACCAGCAAACCCGACUAACGCUUCUUCGGACUGCUCUGUCGCCCCAACUAGCUGUGCGCCCUACAUCAGCAGCAGCCGCAAUGUAGUUUCCAGCAAUGAGGCCGCAGUUAGCUUGGCAGCGGGAGCUGCAAGUUCUGAGCGCAGCGGCCAGAGCCUCGAGGGCCCGCCACGACAGCGGUGCCCACGCCGCGAGCAAAGAGGAAGAAACGCGAACACAACGGAAAGAGCAGGCUCUGCAUCUUGUGACUACAAAGGCAAGCUGCAGAAGCGGCACACGCAGAAUGGGUGGACGCCUGCAUUGCCCCAGAAAGUGAAUCCUCUUGGGGGAUAUGGAGGAUGCGACAGCGGGAGCGGUGCGCAGGCCACUACCCCAACAAGAGCAAAAAAUGUAGCUGCUGCAACAACAGCAGAAGCAGCAGCCGGCAAGGAAAAAGCGAAAGAUGAGAUGAACUCUUUUCAAUGGAGGUCCCGUGAGAGUUUUUCCUGCAGGGACUUUGACGCCUCAUCUCCGUACUUACCAAUAUCAUAUUUGGGGAGAGACGCUGUAGGGCGCGUUUUCCAGUGUAUCGAAAAGUCGACCGGGGACCGGGUUACAGUUAAAGUGGUUUCAAAGCGCCCAUUGCAGUCUCGCCAUCGUCUACGACGGCAAGUGUUUGUAGAAAAGGAGACCUUGUUGUCUUUAAGCUUGGGGGGUCACUCUUCGCAUCCUAGCGUGGCUUAUCUGAGGCAAAUUUACCAGACAGAAGAAAACUUGUACUUCGUGCUCAACUAUACGGGCUGUGUGCGUCUGCGAGAUGUGCUGAGACGCCUGAGCCGCGCGGGAGUCAGUCUCUCUAUUGGGGCUGCAAGGCUAUGGGCAGCCGAGAUAGUGGCGGCACUUGCUACGUUACGGCAAAAGGGUGUGUUGCACAGAGACAUCCGCCCAGAGAACAUCGUAGUGAGCGAGCAGGGGCACCUCACUCUUGUCGAUUUUUACUCUGCGCUGCACCUUGUCCCGGGGACGCAGCAGUGGCAACAGCAGCACGAAAAAUUAAGGGAACAAGAAACAGAAAGGCAGGGGCAGCAGGUAUUUAACAUGCACAGACACGAGCAAAAGCAAGAUAGACACUCAAAACAACAGCUUCAGCAGCUGCAGCAUCGCAGUACGGUGCACCAGCGAGAGCCGAAAAGAGUUGGGGGGCUUUCAUUUUCGUCGAGCUCGCAACGUUUUUACCGCAACUCCAGGAACGGUAAAAAAAGGUAUCAAAGCGAACCAAGUCGCUUGCAGGUUAACCUAGAAAUAUACAGCCGUCGGCAAACGGCUGUAAUUUAUCCAUAUGCCGUGGUGCCUGGCUACGCUGCACCUGAGGCGUCUGUUUCUGUCGACUCUGAUGGCGAUUCCGUAGCGCAAUACGAUUUCGGAUGCGGGUACGGGACAGACUGCUGGUCUCUAGGGUGCCUUGUGCACGAGUUAUUGGUUGGUGAGCCGCCCUUCAAAAGCGUAUCAUCCACGGCUGUAGCCCAGGCACUCUGUGGAUAUCAUGAAUUGUCUCUGACGCAACAGAUGCCUGCGGCUGCAGUGGAUUUUAUAAAAUCACUAUUGCGACCAAAGGAGGAAGAACGAUUGGGAUCCAGGGACAUUAAGGAGUUACUGAAACAUCAUUUUCUCGAAGGAGUCGACUGCAUGGCUUUACAUUUUCAGCCUCUUCCACUGGACGUGAUGCAGUAUGAUUUCGCCUUCCAAGGAUUUGGACAUUCUUGCCGUCUAGGAGCAACAGCGGCAAAGUGCGAUUGCACAGUUCCCGUAGAGCGUGAACAUAAUGCGGUGAGAGCAGCUGCCUCAGCAGCAGGUACUCCAAGUGCCCUGGAGACUCCGGUUACGUCGUUAUCAGGCAGCUGUGUCUCCACUUCGAAAUCUAUAGCAUCUGAUGCUCCACAAGCAUGUUUAUACCCCCAAAACAACGAGAGGUGCAUCCGCAGCGGAGGACAGCCUGAUAUUGUACCCAUAUCACCUAUAAGAAACUAUAACUGCAGCAGGACGGGACAGCAACUGCAAAUCCUUCCUGGGGAGAUGUUGGAUCAGGGAACGCCACUUGCUCCCAGUUGGAGCAUGAAAAGUGGUAGAGGGUGCGCAGAAAACGCUGGCACCCAUCAGCAACAAGAACUCACGGGCGCUCUGUUUCUUCGGCAUGACGUGACAGAGGAGCCUAAAACUGUUUGCCGUCGUGCGGUCACGGAGGCAGUGCUCGGUUGGGGUCCUCCCUUGCGCCUUCGUCCCAUCUCAAGCGCAGAUUAUUUAGAGGAAAAUACUGACUGCCCUGGUGCAGCCACAGAGGAAACAGCAACAUGGCGAAGCAUAGGUACCAAGGAUAGCAUCAGGAAGAUGUCCGAAGCAGCUGGUAGCAAUCUUCCUCCCGAAAGCCAGCGAUCAUCUGGUUUGAUGCUUAGCCGUUUAAGAGGGGCUGAUCAGGGGCGCCUAAGUGGUUCAUUUCCUGUCUCCCAGGAAGCUCCGCCGUAUCUGGCAAAGUGGUUACUGAAGGGCGAGAGAUUGCACUGCCAUGGCGUCUUGUUGCGAAUGCGCGAACAUCGGAGCUUGUGUGAACGGCUCUUCAUCCGGUUCUUUGGGGGUGAUCACAAAAGGAACUGCCAGUUGCAGCCGCAGCGCUGCAUCGCCUUAUUGACGGACGCAGGAAGGCUUCUACUCUUGGAUCCAAACGCAAGAACUCUACGCAAGACAGUCGUCCUUGCAACUGAUGGUGAGAUAUAUACGGAGGGGAAAGACAUGCUCAUUUAUUCCAGUGCAGGAGACAACUGCUACUUGCUUUUCGCAUCAGAGGAAGACACUGCCGCUGCUUGGGCUAGAUCUCUUGCUAUAUCCAUUGAAAGCCUGCGGUCUAGAGCAGCGUAUUUUAGAUCUAAAGGAGCGGUAUGCAGUCUGCGAGGAAAUACUGACGUCUUAACCGCUGCCUCGGUGGAGCAUUCAUCGCGGGGCAAGGCUGGUUCAUUGUCAGCCUCUCGAGUGCAGGACAAAGGAGCUCCUGUCUCGCCGUCUUCGAGUGAUGAGGGUGCGGCACGACAAAGUAACUUCAAAGGCGAACCUUUCUCCAGCGAAGGCGCGUCUGUACCGACAGCUGCCACUCCCACUGCACCACAGAAUACAGACCCUUGCAGCAGCGGAUUGCAUAGUCCUCAGCACCCCAUGGGGUGGCAGAUGGAGUUGACCCGCUAUCGCCGGGGUAGCGUUAGGUUGGCUUCUUCGCCAGCAUGCUCGAAGAAUCAUAGGGCUCGCCGUCCGCUUUCGGAGGAACCCCACUUGCGCAAUUCAAGCUGCGGGGCGAAAGGCAAUGCCUAG